AUUUUAAGAUGAUGGGAUCUAGUGAUCAACUCUUUAUGAUUCAUAUGGGACUAUGACAGAUACCUUCCAAAGUUUAUUUUGAACCAAAUGCCGCGGAGGUUUAUAGACUGAUUUCUCAAGAUUGGAAUGGGAAAUGGUAGACGGUGCCUCGGACAUCGCAUUCUUUAUCAGUAGUGGAUCUCAGUUUUGUUGUCCGGCUGUUGGGUCUCAAAUUGAAGGGAGCAAUGUGUAUUUUUUCAUUGAAACUUUAAGCUUCUACUCAUUCAACUUGGAAGACAAGCGUCUUCAUGUGUCUCUACCCUAUUCCAAUUUACCACCAUCAAGAUUUUUACUUACCUGUCUGAUGCCAGAUUUCUGGAAGGAUUACUUAGAUGGAGGAACAAAGGAGAUAAAGCAUGAGACUAGAGAGGUUUUGAAACAUGAAGUGAUUAAGAAGGAUGAGAUUUCAGAAAGAGAAGGAAACUUUUCCAGGCUUUCUCUACAUAUGCUUUCUGUAAUUUCUAGGCGCCUUAUAUUACAUGAUUACACAAGCUUCCGGGCUGUUAACAGAACAUGCAGAUUAGCUGCACCUCCAGUUCAAUGGACGAGUACUGCCUGGAAUGAAUUUGAGUUCUAUGAUCUGUUACCUCCUUGGCUCAUGUUCCGUCAAAACGGAAUUUGCAAUUUCAUUGAUCCAUUGCAUGACAAAAGGUAUCCCAUGAGUAUCCCUGAUGUUUCUUCAAAGGUUUUCUGAAUUCUCUACUCCAAAGAUGUUGGUGUGUCAGACUACAUGGAGAAAAUUCAAUAUUCUUUUGGAAUUCUUUGUCAAAGAAAAUCAUCCAACUUCCAGAUAUGCUCCACAAGUGCGAAGUUGUUGUUAGCUGCUCUUUCUCAUGUUCAUCAAAUUCUUCAGAGUGUGUCCCUGUUUUGGUUUGUACGGAGGACGAAGUUGCAUUUGACAUUGACAUCAUCUCUUUAGAAGAUGGAGAAUGGGUUACUUUCUUUGCAUUCACUAGUUAUGAAUUAGUUGCGACAGAUGACAAUACUCCAGCGUUCUUUCAGGGGAAAUUUCUACUUUCCUGGUUUGCAUGGAAAUUUAGGAGUCUUUCAAGAUUUAGAAAUUUUUGAAGUCAUGGAUAACCUUCAUUGCCCUUGUGAGUUGUGACUCCCUUCAUGGAAGCUAUUUGUGAGAAUGUGAUGGGAAGCUACUCUCAGUCUUUGUUAGAUCUUUCGGGGAAUGGAUUACAGUUUUUGAUCUUGAUAUCUCAGAAAUGGCGUGAAUUGAACUUGAAGAUCUAAGGGACAAAACAUUGUAUCUUAGCUAUUUUUCAUCUUUCUCCAUGACAGCAACAACUCCAGGCAUGGAAAAUAGGAUAUAUUUUUCUAGAUUUUCAGGAAAGAAUAUCAUCUAUUUUUCCCUUGCGUCUAAAAAGUUUCAGUCUCAUGGCACGAGAAACCUCUUCAGAGGUUUUUACCACACAAGUGAACAAUUACUCAGUGGUUGGGUUGUGCUCAAAUGGUGAUAGAUCUCUUAUAUAUUUUUCAAUAAUGCAUUGUAAUCUUA